AUGGAGGCCGCCGGGAUCGGGUGGCUAGCGCAAGAGAUCCUCUCAAACCCCCUGAUCGGCAAGCCCCCUGAUCCCUGGGUCCGCGACGCCGGCCUCGCGGAAGAAAUCGGAGGGCUCACGUCUGCAAUCAAGGGAGUCCGUGUGGUCGUCUCCGCUGUUUACGGCAGGGAGCUCGGCAACGAGCCACUCGCUGAAUCUCUUGCUGAUCUCAGGGAGGUUCUCUAUGAUGCGGCCAACGUGGUCGACGACCUCGACUACCACAGGCUCAAACAGGGUAAGCCUGCUGAUAUACCGCCAACAAGUAGCAGUCGUGGGAAGAGGCAACGCUCCAAGGCAUGGGACCAUUUUGUGGUUAUAAGAGAUGGUAAUGGAAACCCUGAGAAGGCAGAAUGUAAGUACUGUCAAACAGUAGUUCAGUGUAAGACUACAAACGGGACAGGUGUUUUGAGCAGGCAUAUCAAGAGUGCUGGUUGUAGGGCAGGUCACCAACAGCAAGACCCUUCCUCAAGCAUAGGCAAUGGUACUGGACCAAUUGGUAAUCCAUCCAGAAGAAAAAGGAUGAGAAUUGAUCAUGAAUCAACACAAGUCACCACAGAUAACACAAACCCUUGGAACAAGGAAGAAUUUUCCAGCAGGUUACGAGAGAUAAUUAGUCAGUUGCAAGGCAUCCAAGGGGGUUUGAGAGGGAUUCUCGAGAUACUUGGCUUAGACUCUGCUGCAACUUUAAGUAACUCUCAGAAUACAACGCAUGGUCCAUGCCGAAGAACAUCAAGUCUUGUUCAAAGAAAAAUAUAUGGGAGAGCGGCAGAGAAGAAAUUCAUUAUCAAUUUGAUAAGAGAACACAAAUCAGCUGCUGGUGUCACUGUUGUGCCUAUUGUAGGCAUUGGAGGAGUUGGCAAGACAGCUCUCGCUCAACUUGUGUACAAUGAUCCAGCAGUGGAAAAUCAAUUUGAUCUCAGGAUAUGGAUUUGGGUAUCUAAUAUGUUUGAUGAAGUGAGACUCACAAGGGAGAUGUUAGAUUUUGUGUCUCGGGAAACACAUCAAGGGUUUUGCAGCUUUGCCAAGCUUCAGGAGGCCUUGAAGAUUAAUCAGCUAUUGGCUCCUUUUAAAUCUGAUGGUGCAAACAACAAUUUGAUACUCAUGACAACUAGAAAACCAUCUUUUGCAAAAAGAAGAGGAACAACUGAACCAAUUAAAUUAAGUGCAUUGGGAAAAGAUGAUUUCUGUUUAUUGUUUAAAGUAUGUGCAUUUGGUGAUGAGAACUACAAAGAGGAAGAAAGUCUAAGUGACAUCGGACAACAAAUAGUGCAAAAGUUAAAAGGAAACCCAUUAGCGGCACAAACUGCAGGAUCAAUAUUAAGAGAGCAUCUUAGCAUUGAACAUUGGACUAGAAAUCUGAGGAAUGAACAUUGGAAAUCCCUGCAGCUCGCUAGCGGCGUCAUGCCUGCUUUGAAGCUUUGCUACGACGGGAUGCCCUUCCAUUUACAACAAUGCUUCUCCUAUUGUUCUAUAUUCCCAUACAAUUAUCAGUUUCCCACCGAGGAGUUAAUUCAUAUGUGGAUUUCACAUGGAUUUGUGAAGCGUGAUCGUUCAAGUGAGAAUUUGGAGGAGAUAGGGCGAUCCUAUCUAAUUGACUUGGUAAACCUGGGUUUCUUUGAACAGGUUGAAGAAAUUGAAGAAACCGACAACAUAUCUCGUAGUGAGAAGUUUGAAGAAAAAAUACGAAUUGCAUGUACAUCAGUGAAAACCUUGAGGACAUUGGUUUGGGUAAAUCAUACACAUCUCCGGUAUCUAAAACUUGAGGGCGUUCAUGUUGAGCUGGGUUCACAAUCUCAAGUUAAGAGCAAGUUUUCCCAUCAAAUAUUAGAUGGUUGGCUUACCUCUCUACAGAUAAUUCAUCUAGAGAACUGUGGACAGGGCUGGAUACUUCCAUGUCUGGAAAGGUUUCCGUUUCUUACAAAGUUGAAGUUGAGCAACAUGCGGGAAGUAAGUGAAGUAUCAGUUCCGUCAUUGGAGGAGCUAGUUUUAGUAGAGAUGCCAGAGUUGGAGAAUUGUGUCUGCACUUCUCUGGAAGAUAUGAACUCUAGUUUAAGGGUACUGGAGAUCCGAGGUUGCCCUGGACUUAAGAUGUUUAAUUUGCUUGAGAAACAUUAUAUCUUCAAAAUGGAGAAGAAUGCAUGGUUGCCCAGUCUUACAAAAUUCAUAAUCUGCAAUUGUCCUCACUUGCAAGUAUUGGGCCCUCUUCGGCCUUCAGCCACAUUUUCUGAAUUUUUAAUCAGCAGAGUUUCAACGUUUCUCACGAUGGACGGAUUUUCCAUGGAAACAUUUGAAAUUAGGCCAAAUAGUCUUUUGGGUGAGUUUUCUGGUGAGAUGAGACUUGAUCAAAAAAUCUUGGCAUUCCAUAAUCCAAGGGACCUGAAACACUUGGAAAUAAAAGGCUGCCAGAAUCUGACAUCUAUUUCCCUAAUAAGUUCUUUUCAGUUUGUAUUUUUAGAGAGCUUGAGAAUAGAAAAUUGCACAAAACUCUUCUCUUCAAACAUUGUUUCAGCGCACACACAUGAAGCCAUGAUAGCUGUAGAUUAUAAUGCCCUCCCAUAUCUUGAAAGUCUCAGUAUUGUUUCAUGUGGAAUAACGGGGAAAUGGCUAUCUCUGAUGCUUCGACAUGCGCCGGCAAUGAAGGAAUUGGUGAUAAAGGACUGCCCAGAGUUGACACAGCUGCGGACUGAAGGGGGAGGAAACGGUAAGUCAAAUCUUAUCGCAGGCUCGGCAGAUUCAUCGUCAGGAUAUCUAAAUGAUUUGUCGGCAAGCUCAACUCAAGAUGGAUUGUGGUGCAUUCCAUUAAAUAUCACCUCCUCUCUCAAAAAGUUAACUAUUUAUAAUUGCCCUCAUCUAAUAUUUGAGGGGGGCAGGAAAGGCUUCACUGGAUUUACCUCCCUUGAGUUUCUAAGAAUUGAGGAAUGCCCUGUACUGCUGCUCUCGUCUUUGGUGCAUGGAAGAUUGCUCCUCCCGCAAUUACUAGAAGAAAUCGAAAUCGGUGAUUAUUACCAGGAAACCCUGCAGCCCUGCUUUCUGAAUAACCAUACCAGCCUGAAAAAAUUAGCAGUGUGUUGUAGCCAAAGUUUGAAUUCUCUAAUGCUGCACUCCUGCACGUCCUUGGAAGUUUUGACAAUUACAGCAUGCGGAUCGCUCAGCACAUUACACGGCAUGGGAUCUCUUGGAACCCUCAGGUCUUUAGAAUUAUAUAGGAACUCAAGUUUAGAAUUUCUACAGCCUGAAUCCUUCAGGAUGCUGGAAGAUUUGAACAUUACAAGCUGUAAUUCUCUCGUCGCACUAGAGGGCUUGCGGUCCCUCGUGAACCUCAGGCAUUUGACAGUCUUCAGUCAACCUGCCUGGGCUGUUACAACGUUUGGAGAGAGUUAUGAGCUAACAGAUAGAAUUUUCCCUAGACUGGAAAGUCUUACUAUCAGUGAUUUGUCUCGCCUUACCACGUCAUUCUGCAAGGGCCUCACCAGCCUCCAACGCCUACAACUAAAGUUUUUGGAAGAGGCGAGGCUCACAGAUGAGCAAGAGACAGCACUUCUGCUCCACAGGUCCUUGCAAGAUCUCCAUUUUUUCUAUUGUGACGAUCUCGUAUAUCUUCCUACGGGGCUUCACAGACUUUCUACCCUCAAGACAUUGAAGAUCGAAUGUUGUGGCCGCAUCUCACGGCUGCAGAAGGAGGGUCUCCCACCCUCACUGGAAGAGCUGGAGAUCAUAUCUUGCAGCAAAAAGCUGUCAAAACAAUGCAGAUUGCUAGAAACAAGCAUGCUAAAUGUCAAAAUUGAUGACCGCCCGCCAUGGUCCAGGAGCUAA